UUUUAUCCGCGCAUAGCGCGGAGAAAGAAUCUAGUAAAAUAAUAAUAAUUUGUCAACUACUUGUGAUAGUGAAGCCUAGCAAUUUAAAUUUGACAAUGUGAACUUACAACACUUGAAAUCAAAAUUGGCGAAUAAGAAAAAAAAAUCACACUAUUGAUGAUAAAAAGAGUAAUCAGCAAAUAAACUGAACCAGGAAUGUAAAGUAUUACACAAACUUAAUUUUUUUAAAUCAAAGUUAUAUGUGUUCAUAGGAAAGUUAAUCUUAUAAUUAAUCAAGAGUAGUUGCGACUUAUGAAAAAAAAUAAGAAACACAUACCACCGAGCAGGCCCGUCUGAAACAAUCUAAUAGCCUUGGGCAAACAUAAAAAAAUUAGGUUCUAUUUCAAACAUUCUUUCAUUGUAUUUUUUAAGUUCAACUAAAAAGUUUCAAUAAUCCACAAUAAAUAAAAAAUAGGUAUGAGUUCCUUUUUUUUGUCACAAAAGAUAUGAGUUUCUUUAAAUACGAAAAACAAUACACACUAAAAAAAAUUAAUGUGAACCUUUUAUGGACUUUUUUGUUAUAAAGUUAAUAGUUAUUUGCUCUUUAACAAAUUAAUUUGGAUUUUUUAUUGCUAUUAAAAUCACACUAAACAAAAUUUUGGACCCAAGGACCCAUGGUCAUUUCCCCUCCUGCCAUGGUCAAGAGCCGGCACUGGCACCGAGAUGCAUGCUUAUCGUUGUUUUACAUAAAAGAAGAACAAAAACAUGAGAAGCACUUAUGAAUUCAUAUACAUUCUUAAUAACCAAAAUAAAUUUUUCUAGCCUGCUUUGUGCAUCGCACGUAAGUUGUUAGUUUUAUUCAAAGUAUUAAUUAUAGUUUUUUUUUCUUUGUAUUUAUAUAUAGCUACUAUCUCCAAACCAAACAUAACUAAAGAGAAACUUCAAACGAAGAAAACAUCAAUAGGGAAGAAGGAAGCUAAGAAAAUGUCUUCCUCCUACGGCAAAGUCGACGAGCGUGAACAUGUAACGCUCGAAGCUCGUCGCAACUCGAGGAAGAGAAUCACGAUCAUCGUCGUAUCGCUACUCGUUCUCGUUGGCAUCGUGAUCGGAGCCGUCUUCGGAACCAUGGCUAACAAGAAGUCAACGACGGUGGAAACCAACGAUAACGGAGACUCAAUCUCCGUUUCCGUUAAAGCCGUAUGCGACGUUACACUACAUAAAGACAAGUGUCUCGAAACCGUCGGAUCAGCUCCAAACGCAAGUAGUCUGAAUCCAGAACAGCUCUUUAUAUACGCGGUCAAGAUCACAAUCGCAGAAGCCACGAAAGCUCUCAACGCCUUCUCCUCUUCAGGAGACAACACCACCAUGCAUGCUUGCGUCGAGCUUCUUGACCUAACGAUAGAUAACCUCGAAAACACGUUGACAUCAUCACAAAACGGUGACGUCACGUUACCUGAGCUAGUCAGUGACCUCCGUACAUGGCUGAGCUCAGCAGAGACGUACCAAGAUACUUGUAUAGAGACGUUAGCUGAGUCUAACCAUCCAGAUUCUAAGACGUUCGGAGAAGGUCAGCUCAAGAACGCAACGGAGCUAACGAGUAACGCCUUGGCUAUCAUCACAUGGCUCGGUAAGAUCGCUGACUCCUUCAAACUCAGGAGGCGUUUGCUGAGUGCUGACGUGGCGGUGGACUUCAACGUGGGGAGGAGGUUGUUGCAGAGCACUGAUUUGAGGAGAGUGGCGAAUAUUGUGGUGGCGAAGGAUGGUUCGGGGAAGUAUAAGACGAUAAGUAGGGCUUUAAAGGAUGUGCCUGAGAAGAGUGACAAGAGGACGGUUAUAUAUGUGAAGAAAGGAGUUUAUUUUGAGAAUGUGAAAGUGGAGAAGACCAUGUGGAAUGUUGUUGUGGUUGGAGAUGGAGAGAGCAAGAGUAUUGUCUCUGGUAAACUCAAUGUCAUUGAUGGAACUCCCACUUUCCAGAGCGCCACGUUCGCUGUGUUCGGGAAAGGGUUUAUGGCAAGAGACAUGGGCUUCAUCAACACAGCCGGUCCAUCCAAACACCAAGCUGUAGCUCUAGUGGUCAGCGCGGAUCUCGCCGCCUUUUACCGAUGCACAAUGAACGCAUACCAAGACACGCUUUACGUGCAUGCACAACGUCAGUUUUACCGUGAGUGCACCAUAAUAGGAACAGUCGAUUUCAUCUUCGGUAACGCAGCCUCCGUUCUACAAAGCUGCAAGAUUCGCCCUCGCAGACCUAUGCAGGGACAGCAGAACACAAUCACGGCUCAAGGACGCAAAGAUCCGAACCAGAACACAGGAAUCUCGAUUCACCGUUGCAACAUAUCUCCGCUAGGUAACCUAACUGGUGUUCAGACGUUUUUAGGUCGGCCAUGGAAGGAUUUCUCGACGACGGUGAUAAUGGAAUCGUCGUUGCAUGGGUUUAUUGAUCCGAAAGGUUGGUUGCCGUGGGUCGGAGACUCUGCGCCUGAUACGAUAUUUUACGGUGAGUAUAAGAAUAUUGGCGCUAGUGCGUCGACGAAGAAUAGAGUUAAGUGGAAGGGAUUAAGGUUUUUAAGUACGAAGGAAGCUAAUAGGUUUACGGUUAAACCUUUCAUCGACGGAGAAAGAUGGCUUCCGACGACUAAAGUGCCGUUCAGGUCCGGUCUCUGAGUUUGUUUUCCGAUAACGAGAUUUCCAAUUUAAUCUCUUUUAUUUUUGGAUGUGAAUAAAGAAAGUGUUUAUUGUUAUUCUAUUGUAUCAUUCGAUUGAUUAAUUUCAAAUCACACUACCUAAAAAUAAACAAGGUGAGCAUAUUGUGAAUUUGUGUUGUUAUAUUAUUAGUUGAGAAUUUGUUUGUUUUUCCUUUAUUUCAUUUUGAAGAUAUAUCUUAUAUAGAUCAAAUCUCCUCCAUUGCAUAUGUAUAUGUUGGCCAUUAUACAUGUUCUAAAUGUCAAAAGCACUCUAUAUUUCUUUGAAAUGUACUAGAGAUUAGUUGUUCUAGAUUCACUUCGUUCAAAAAUUUAAUUGUCCUGAAGAAUAAAACACUUAAUUAUUAUAAGCACUUAUAAAUAAUCAUGAAUCAUGAGAAACAGUCGCUGCAUUCCUAUUGGCUCCUUUCAAUAAAAGUCCAUCUUAAGGAGUGGAUACUGGAUAGCACGCAUGCACCGCGUUAGAGACGUCAUUUGAACCGAUGAUAUUUUAUGUGUGUUGUCCUCAGGUUUUACCACUAAAACCAACCGCAAGUGCACGGUAGUGCGCAAUAGUUUUUAGGGAUCGAAUUCCACAGAGACCAAGGUUACACUAUGAAUCUAUUAGAGUAAAGUCAAACUAGAACGAAAAUGAUUGUUUUUGUGGUUUUUAAUUGUCACAACUUGUAGGUAAUAAAUUGAAAUGAAAUUUAAUUUAUAGAUUAAAACGUUAGGCAUCGGGUAAUUCUCGGGAAUGACAUAAAUCGGGAAACAAACAUUAAACAAGGGGUAUGUUUUAGAACCGUUCUUGAAUUCAAAUAGCUUAAAUAAUUUAGCCUACUCUCGCAGUACUAAAUCCUAUGUUUUAGAAUCUUAAAUAUCAACUCUCGCCAUAUUCAUAAUUCUAAACAUGCAUUUUAACAGGUUCGAUUUGUUCACAAAUUCCAUAACAACAACUCUCGUUGGUUACGAAAACUUGCUCAUCUAGAUUCUUUUCAGAAGUUUAACUAUCACUUUUGGUGUGUUGAAUUUCCUAAUGAUCAAGAACUAGGUGUACCUUCUAAUUCAAGCUUUAAGAUAGAUCUAGAUGAAGAACUAAAUGAUUUACCCCUUUCUUUAACACAUCAGUUUCAUGGAUUCAUGGAUUCCUUUGAAUCACCCUAGCCUAACUAGUAGAUUACUCACACAUGGAACCAAAAACAGAAUUCAUAAUUGACAUUAUAAAAGAAAAUAAAGAAUAACAGAGGGUUUAGAAGCUUCUCUGGGAAGAAAAAGGGAUUCUCUUCUUCUUCUACAAACUUCAAACUCAAACAAAUCUUCAAAGUAGAAAAACACUCACAAAUCUAUUUUCUCUCAAGUUUUGAUCUCUAAGAUGGUGUGUUUUCAUAUGGAGCUCGUCCUCCCUAUUUAUAAUCGGCCAAGGACCCUCCUUUUUCGACAAAGGCUCCAAUUUCAUCAUGAAAGACGAGUGGAUGCAGUAGGUGAAGUGGAGGAAGUUGGUGGAGCAGGACACAGAGAGGAUGCAUCGAUCGAUGGGUUUAUGGGCUCUAACGCAUCGAUCGAUGCAUUUAAAAGAAAACUUCCGGCGCAUGAUCUCCCAUCGAUCGAUGGGUUUUGAUUGAAAAACCCAUCGAUCAAUGGAUUCUUUUUUCUUCCUUUUCUUCGCGUCUCGGUUCGAUCCGUUGUUCGUUCUGUGCUCUAACCCCUUCAGAUGGAUAUGAAAAUCCCUUGAAAUUCCAGUAUGCACAUGCCAAUGGUUCCUAACGCGCUCAAUCACCUAUAUACCUGAAACACGAACGAAAAACUACAAAUAAUCGAGAAAAAUAUAAUAAAAAAUAUAUAAACAAGUACCAAAAACCUAGACACAUCAAUUCCCCCAGACUUGAACAUUUGCUUGUCCUCAAGCAAAGACAUACAUCAGUUAACCUGCAAACAACCAUCUUCACCAUCCUUUGGUAUUAAACCACAUCAGUUAGCACCAACAUUUAGAAGGAACUCCACGUAAUUCGACCCCAACCUUAUCUCUCGACCAUUUUCAGCCCACAGCUUAUAAGAAGUACCCAAAGUUUCCAUUGCCGACCUUUUUUAGAUUUAAGGUGUGGUCUCAUCAUGGGGGAAUCGAUCAAAAGACACAUGGAUUCUUACUCGUUCAGGUUUUUGAUUACGCGAUUGGUCUUUUCUGGCUCAUUUCCUCCCUUUCUUCUCGCUCCACUCAGUCAAUGUCUCCCUUUAUUUCAAGGGUAUCAUUUUUUUUUUUAAUUGACUGAGAUUUUUUUUUUUUUUGACAGACUUCCAUGAUUCAAGUCUUAAUGGUUGCAGCCACAAGCCCUGAUCACUUCUUUUUGACAUUUAUCCCCUAUUAUUAGCAUCCUUCUAUUUAUUAUUAUUUUAUUUUUAUUUUUUUCGAAGUGAAAAGAGAGGGGAGCCAGACCGAUACAAACUUCGUCUUUUAGUCCUGAAGAGGGAUUUCGAUCUAGUGUAUACCAAGCCCCAAGAUGAGAAAAUUUGAGUAGAUUGAGUGGUCAGUCAGUUUGGAUCCUUUGAACAUUCUUAAAAGCAUGGAUGUUUUUGGUUGAUCAAUGUUUGUGGUUUUUCCAUGUUUCACAGCCUGCAGUUGAUAGCUGAAAGAAUGGUACUCAGAUAUUAGUUAUUUGGUUUAUUUAGCAAGGCAAAGCUGAAUAUGAAUUAAAAACUACUCAAAACACAACCAAAUAAAACGAAGAAACCAUGUAAAAGAAAUACAAACUCAUAAUUAAUAAAAUAUAAAAAAAAAACUAAGUUCAAAAUUAACCGAAAAAAUUAUGGCAGAUUCCUAAAUGGAACUAUGACAAGUACCCUCCCCCAGACUUAGUUUACACCGUCCCUAUUGUGACAACAGAAAAUAAAACCAUAAAACGUUAGAAUAGAAAUGAAAAUAAAAUAGCGCGGUCGGAAAUCAAAUGACAAUACUGGCCGGUGAUAGCUCCUACUCCUCGUCUCCUGCUCCAGAUGUUCCUGCAUCUUCGGGUCUCUUGGACCUCUUUCUUGCCAUGUG